CUCUCGCUCGUGCACGCUCUCUGCGCGAGGAGGAGGAGGAGGAGGGUGGUAGGGGAAAAAGAGUAGGGGGAGGACUUUGUCAAAAUGCUGACGUGACGAGCAUUCCCCCAUCACGGUCACUGGGCCAUCCGUCCGAUCUUCCAACCUCGUCGGAGCAACCCAAUUCCCCUUCUUUUUCUCUGUUGCAUUCUCUUCCCUUCCUUCCUUUUCGUUCUUGGUUUCGAGGGUCGUCUCUUCUCUUCGCUCGCUCUCCCUCCUCCUCCUUCUCCAAUUUCCCAUUCUUGCUUUCCCUUCUUUCUCUUCGUUUCUCCGUCUCGGGUUCUUUUUUUUUCCCCUUUAAUUUUUAUUGGGUAUUCCUGUUUCUUUUACCCUUUAUGUCCCUGCGGUCGAACAGGGGCAAUCCAUCUACUGUCGCCUCGAUGGGUUCCUGCUUCUUUAUAGUCGGAAAGUAGCGCUUUUUGUGGUGAAUGGGUUCGUGGGUCUAAUCCUUAAAAGCGUCCGAAUCGAGCUUGAAUUGUGCGAGUGGGGCUUUCGCUCGUUUAAUCUUCUUUUUUUUCUUUCUUUUUUCCUUUUGGGUGUUGGUUCUUGAGGGAUUUCUUCCCCCCUUGUAGCGUUGAAGAUAGAUAGAUAGAUAUAUAGAUAAAAGAAAGAAAGGGCUUUGAUUGAGAGGAUGGGGAAUGUGAACGGAAGAGAAGAUGGGGUGGGCAGUCCAUCUGGGGUCGAUGAAGAAGGUGGCGGCGGUGGCGAUGGUAGUGUUCAGGAUAGCAUGGGUGCGCCCGAUGAGGCGCUCGUUGGCUACACUGCGCCGGCUGAGUUGAUGGGCCAGUCUCCUCCCCACAGCCCUAGAGCCACCCAGUCUCCUCUGAUGUUCGCUCCUCAGGUCCCAGUGGCUCCACUGCAUAGACCAGAUGAGAUGCAUGGUUCUGGCCCCUCCUGGAUGCAAACUUCCUCGGGUUAUGAAGAUGCAUGUAGUGAACAAGGGAUACCAACCAUGAUCACAUGGUGUUAUGGUGGUAAGGAAGUUGCUGUGGAGGGAUCAUGGGACAACUGGAAAACAAGGAUGCCCUUGCAGAGAUCAGGGAAAGACUUCACAAUAAUGAAAGUAUUGCCAUCAGGUGUUUACCAGUAUAGGUUCAUUGUUGAUGGGCAGUGGAGGCAUGCACCUGAUAUACCCUGGACCCAAGAUGACGUUGGAGCUACUUACAACAUUUUGGACUUGCAGGAUUUUGUUCCUGAAGACCUCGAGAGCAUCUCCAGCUUCGAACCUCCACAGUCCCCAGAGUCGAGCUAUACCAACUUGUUUCUUGGAUCUGAGGAUUACGCAAAAGAGCCGCCCAUGGUGCCGCCUCACCUACAGCUCACGCUUUUGAACGUGCCGGCACUCCACUUGGAGAUUCCACCACCUUUGUCAAGACCCCAACAUGUAGUGCUCAACCAUCUUUAUAUGCAGAAAGGGAAGAGCUGCCCAGCGGUGGUUGCACUUGGCUCAACAAACAGGUUUUUAUCCAAAUACGUGACGGUGGUGCUCUAUAAAUCCUUGCAGAGGUAGAGCAUGCUUACUUUGUAUCUGGAUGGGCUGUGGAGGUUACUACCAAUUUGAUCAAGAGGGUAAUGCAUUUUGUCAGUGGCUUAGACUAGGAGGUCAAAAAGAGUCAAUUGCGAAUGGAGCCUAAUUGAUGGUGAUUUUAAUGUAGACCAUGUGAUCUGAUAGGUGUUAGCGUCGAUAACGUGGUCUGGCCUCUUUUUUGGUUUCACCCGCUCAUGCAACAAGGAAUCUAUCGAAACAUGUAGCUCUGGAAUUGCAAUACUAAGAACUGCUCUCUCAUUUCAAAGGAGAGAUUGAAUGACGGCUUUCUUUUGUCA